ACGGAUAUUUAUUAUUUGUGUACGAUUCGCAAACUAAAGUAAGUUGUCGGCGUUUUUCCCAAAUUGUUUUUGUAUUUCAGAUUCAAUAUUUAUUAAAUAGUAAGUUACUAAUUAAAAUUUCUUUAUAACCAAAAUGAGUCGCAAAGAAGCAUUAACACAGUUUAUACAACAAAUUCAUGGUCGCCCGGUUGUUGUGAAAUUGAAUAGUGGAGUUGAUUACAGAGGUGUAAUGGCUUGCAUAGAUGGUUACAUGAAUAUUGCUCUCGAACAAACAGAAGAGUAUAUAAAUGGAGAACUUAAAAACAAAUUUGGAGACUCUUUUAUUCGUGGCAACAAUGUACUGUAUAUAAGUACACAAAAAAGAAAAGGAGUAUAAUAUAUUUUAUAAAUAAUGUUAUUUGUAUUCUCAUAUUAAUAAGUUUUUGUAAUAAAUAUUAAGUAACUAUAAUUAA